UAAAAAGAAAAUAAUCCGUUAUACAACCCUUCCUCUUUCUAAAACAUUUCCCCUUCUCUCUCUCUUCGUUCUGCAUAAGUUUUUCCCCGAACCCAUCAUGCUUUCUACACUGAGUCUACAGCUGACUGACUCACUUGUACAAUUUACCAUCUACGUUUUGCGGCUCAAAAAGCAGCCGAUUUUGCCGUGAAUUCUUUUGAAGCGACUUGGUUUAUGGGGUUUUGGUGGUGAUGAUUUCUUUGGGUUUUUAUUAGAUGGAUUGGACGGUGGAGUUUGAAUCUGGACGAAGAUUGGACAGUGUUCUGGCAGAAGGGGAUGUGAGGUUAUCGAAAGAGAGUCCUCUGGCAAAGAGAAUUGAAGGAUGGGGUUUGAUUGGAAAUGUGAAGAAGUUGGCUGAGACGGUGUUGGUGUUGGCGGCUAUGGGGAAAAUGAGGGUGGGGAGGGGGCCCACGGAGCUCGAGAAUACCUUGAUAACAGAUGCUCUUUGCAGGAUGGCGAAGGUACGUGAAUGUUUUGCUCCGAAGGACAUGUUCCCGCAAGAUGCUUUUGGAGAUGGAAAAAUUAGAGGAUUUCUCUGCAUCUUACUCCGCAUUCAUCUCGACACGCACAACUGAAUUCUGGUGCAGCCAUUAAUAUCCAUGGUACGACGCAUACUGCUCGAACAUCUCACAAGCUCCUGCAAAAUAAGAGACAGCCCCAGUUUGUCUAUCCACUCACAAGCUCCUAGAGUUUGCCGAGCGAUUAAGCAAGCCCGCCAAAGAUAUCUUUUGAAAACCAUGUUAUGCCUAGGGAUUCCAAAGACUCUCAUGGCGUAGAAACUUCCAAUGGUAAAUCAAGCCAACUAAAUGGAAGAGAAGUUAUACGAGGAAACCUUGCAGAAACUUUGAUUGCCAGGGCUGGGAAUGCAGAGCAGGGUAGGUCUCCACCAGAUAAUGCUGUUGAUUGGGUUGAGGGUCCAAUUCAAGUUUCAGAUGAGAAAACCUCCUAUAAAUCUUGCUGCAUCAAUGGAUGUGUCCAUGAACUCCUGGAUUAUGUUCUUAUUCGCUUUGACAAUGACAAAUUAAUUCCUUUAAAACUUUGGGGGUGUUUGUGCCCAUUAUUUGUGUAUAAUGUAUUACGGAAUAGUAAUUGAUGUUGAAA